AUGUCAGACUACAGUCGCUACAUCCCUCCUCGUCUUCGUUCCAGGAUGUCUUUGGCUGAAAGGACGAGCGACGCCGCACUCGAAGCCGACGCCGCGUGCGACGAGCCUCCGCCGAAGCGCCGUAGGCUGGAUUGCGUUGAAGAGAGUAAUGAUGAAAGCAUCAAAGCCGUAUUGACCGUAACGACUACUGUCAGCCUGGAUGUACGCAUUCAAGCACCUUCGCCCAGCGCAUCGCCCGCGCCCUCGACAUCAUCCACGGCGUACUCGGAGGGGGUUGUUUUCUGCUGCCGUUGGGAAGAGUGCAGAACAGAGAUGCCCGACGUAGACGCAUACGCGUUCGAGAAACACCUUAAAGCAGCACACGGGAUCAGGUGCGAGGAGGACUUGCCGGCCGGCGUUAGAUUUAUACCAGGUUGUCGCUGGGAGGGCUGCACUUGCGACAAGAUUCCGUGGGAAAGGAUAAGUGUGCAUAUCAUCAAGAAGCAUGCUGAGCACUUGGAGUGCGCGAAGCCGGUGGAGAAGGGUGCGAAGACGUCGAAGACGAAGGGCUCGAAGACGAAGGGAGCGAAGGCCCUGACGGUGAAGGCCGUGCAGGUUCUGGCAGUGGCAGACGGUCAGGCAGUCAAGAUGGAGGGUCUCCAAGUGGCAGUUGAGAAGGUAGUGGCUGGUACAAAGCGGAAGCGUACGCAGGCGCCGAAGGGCCGCGAGCCGACCAGGAGGUCCACGCGCAACGCUGACAAGGUUGCAACGACGAGCAAGUCAGCAACGCAGAACACGUAG